AUGUCUGACGCGCCCGUGAGGUCCGAUUCUUACAGGGGACGCAGCACUGGACACACCGAAAACUCUACACGAGAAAGGACGAACUACGGCGUAAAACCCUCUUUACCAUCGCCCACGGAUACAACAUCGCCCGGGCUCGCUCAAUCAGCCUCAAACUCAGCCUCGAAUUCGUCCAGCUCGCCUCCCGAGCCAACAACGCCGCCCCGUGUGAUUGCCAGGCCGCGGUACCCCGCUGAUCUGCGCCGGGUGCCUUUGCACCGACGGGGCACAUCUAAGACAUACGAGCGGCUCGAGGAUCUGUUGAAGGAGGCGGGAUACAAGGAGACUCGAAUUUUCACACCAGAGGCAGAGCGCAUGGAUCACAGGAGAGAUGGAGGGGACUCGACGAAAGCAGGAGACGACAACAGAACUAGUGUCGUCAAGGAUGGCAUGGAGGCUGUCGUUGGCUUUUUUGCGGGGUUGUUGCCAAGCGCUGCUGCUAGCAGAACCAAUCUAACGACUACCGAGGGAGAAAAUCAGCUGACGGCGUCGCCACGAGAGUAUUCGCCGCCUACAUCACCCCUUGCGAAGCGGCGCUCCUUCGGACAGGGAGGAAGACCAAGUCUCGAUCUGACUGAACCAUCGACGGCCUCAUCCAAUGAAAGCUUUGGAGAGCCCACUCCGCGUCUCAUUCGCCCAAAAAACUCCUGGGCAAGCAAACCAAAUCCCACCACUACCCACCCACAGACCAGUCCCCCUGCCCAUCAAUCAUCUCUGAUCCCGCGCCAGUCAUCACGGACCUCUGUAAAUCGCCAGACAAACCAUGCCUUUCCAGGCCCCGGCGAAAAUUCGAUGGGCAUAGCCUCUCCGCGGCCGUCUCGCGCUGGGGCAUAUCUCAGACACAUGGCCUCGACGCAAAGCAUGCCGGGAAGACCCAAUUCGACGCCGGUCCACUUGUUCAACAGAAACACGAUGCACUCACACGAAGGCGACUCCGAGGACCCUGGAGUGGCGUAUAACCGCCGGGGUAAUGGCGAAGGGGAGGAGGAGGGUCACGGGGAGCCGCCGCUCCCACCCACAUGGCUCGAGACUGUAGCGCGCGCUGUACUUUUUGGGGGCGGCGGAGCGUACAUUGGCGGUCCGUCGCAGCAUAAUUUGCAUGAUCCGUCGCCGCACGUGUCCAAGACACGGACUGGAAAAACACCUGUGCUCCGCCAGACUCGCAGCUCACUGUCACAGGCACCAGUGCGGCGUCCAGCAAAGCGGCCUGUGGCGUCUCGCAGCAGGCUCUCUGACCAGACAAACACGACAGGGCUUCUCGCGCCGCCCCCGCCUUUGUUAUUUUCUAUGAUCGAGCGUGGUAGGGCAGGCCGGAGCGAGGGCGAGGUGUCCGUCGCCCGUGUAAUGUGUCGCAGUGCGCCGUCGAGCCGGUCGGGGUCCGUCGUGCGUGGUGAAAGGGGUAAAGAGAGGUGGCAACUUGGAUAUGAGAGGGGCAGGGGCAGGAAGAAGAAGAAUGAGUGCGAUCGUCUCCCUAGUCUCGCCAGAACGCAGGUGGAGGGUGAUAUGUGGUCGCGGACGAGAAGCGGGUAUAAGCACGGCGCUGGGUCGAUGGCUCCGGAAAGGUGGGGAGAAGCUGACGGCGAGUCAGAUGGUGUGGGUGUGAGUUCCGAUGACGAAGAUGAAGGAGAGCUCGAUCUAGCACGGCUUCUCGUCCCUCCAAAGCGCCAGAACUCGAUCAAGAGCCUCCGCAAACAUCUCGCUUCACAGGCUAGUGCGCAACAGUCUUUGAUGAAGAACUUUGCUUCUGCUGCAGCAGGAGGUAGACGUGGAUCGUCAGCAAACCUGGUCAGUAGUCGAACGCCGAGCUUGCUGAGGCGCAAAUCUACAAUCCAAGCAGAGGAGGACGAUUGGGAUGGCGAGUUUUCCGAAGAAUGGGGCGGUAGUUGGGCUGGUUCGCGAAGGGGAGGCCAGGGGAGGAGGGGAUCGACUGAAGAUGAUGAUGUCGAGUCGUUUAUUGGGUUUUUUGACAACUCUCGAGGAAACGCGAACACGGGUUCGGGGCGGAGCAGGCUUGGUUUUGUGAGUGCCUGGGGCGGAGGAUCCUGA